ACAAGUCUAUGACUACGUCACAAAUGUCAAAUAUCAAAAUAUAAAUAUUUCUUUAUCAAUGUGCUUUAAAAAUAUCAAAUUUUUAAAUAACUUUUGAUAUUAUAAUUUCGAAAAGGGCAAUGAAAUGAGUCCCAGAAGACCUUGCCGAACCUCUCAACCAAUAAAAUUCACUAAGACUUUACACGAUUUUAUCAGACAUCGAGAGUUAGGUCUGGGUAAGCCUCUUGGCUUUGAUGAUUUCAUUUCAGCGAAGUUCUACACCAAUUUCGACAAAUUUGAGACCGUAGAAAAACAAAAAACUACAAGAAAGUAUGGUGGUGUGUUUAAUUUAGAAUUCAGUAAUGAUGGACGAAUCUUAGUAGCAGCUUGUGAGGAGAAAAGCAUACUCUUGUAUGACGCUGCUACUCAAAAAUGUUUCAAGACUAUAACAGAGGCACAUUCUAAUUGUGUUAAUUGUGUAAGAUUUUUAGAUACAUAUACAUUUGCUACUUGUUCAGAUGACAAAACUAUUAAACUAUGGGACCUGAGGAAUUUAAGAAAAGAGACAAGGUCUCUUUAUGGACAUAGAAAUUGGGUCAAAAAUAUCGAGUAUUCAAAAUCGGAAAAUUUAUUAGUUACAUCUGCCUUUGAUGGAAGUGUUUACACUUGGGAUAUCAAAGGAGACAGUGAAAACAAUACCCCUUAUAAUACUGCCCUUCUUAUGAAUGGAAUCAUGAGGACUAAGCUCACACCAGAUGGUGAAAAAAUGGUUAUUUCAACAACUAGUGGAUACAUGAUAAUUAUACAUAACUUGCAACUAUCCACAUUAUCUAGUGAUCUGGGGAGUUUCAAACCAGACAUUUACAGAUUGAUGCAGUUGACUGAACAGAAUUUUCCCGCUGGGAACAUUUAUAAUUUCUUGUUUCACCCAAGUAGGCGAAGAAAUCGUAUUGAAUUCAUUGAUGAUUUUCCUAAUAGAGCAGAAGUGAUCAGCUCGCUUCAAAUUCAUCCUCAUGGUUGGAGUGCAUUGUCUAGAAAUAUUAAUGCAGAUGAGAGCGAAGAUUGGACGUGUGUUCACGAUAUUCAACUACGAGAGCCAUCAGACUACUUAGACUAUGUAACGGUUGAUGAGAGCAAUGAACUGAUUGACACAGAUGAUGAAGGUUUCAGUAACAAUUACAAACCAACCGACUUAUGGGUGGGUUUUGUGACAAAUGACUUAUUGAAUACCGAAAGGAACUCGAUGCCUCAUACUAGUAGGGACCUGCAGCCCUUCAGAUCAAUGAACAGCGGCCUGCUGGGUCAAAACACUUAUAAAACUUUCCUCAGACAAUAUCCACACUAUCAGAAUAAAUUAGUUAGGAAUCUGCCCCGUUUAACACAUUAUAUGAAAGAAGAGAGUGUGGGAAAAGGGUUUAUCAAGGAAGUUUGUUUUUCCCAAGACGGCCGAGUGAUAUGUUCUCCAUUUAAAAGGGGAGUUAGGAUUUUAGGGUUUAGUGAAAGAGCUCAAGAAUUACCUUAUUGUUUGCCCACUGAAUCUAAGAAACUUUGCACAUUGGUUAAGAUGUCGGAUUACCAUAAGGAUGUGGUUGUUUGUUGUAAAUUCAACCCUGUGCAUAUGAAAUUGGUCAGUGGGUGUUUAGGGGGUGAUAUUGUGUGGUAUGAACCUUAUAUAUGAUUGUUACGUUGUAAUUUUAAAAGUAUUAUCAAAUUUUUUUCUAAUAAAAUUCUUUAAUAAA